UUGAGAUCGCUGCUGGGUUUGUUUGCUUGGUUGUAUUUUUUCCUUGCUCAACUAAUAUGAAGACGCUUCUUCUUCUCCGGUUUGCAUGAGUACAACGCGAGGUGCUUCACAAAGCUAAGCCUGUUCUUCCCCUUGCACAGAGGGAAGGGAGGUACAGAGAGGUGCAACGACUUCCCAAGGUCACCGGGCAGGCCAGGCCAGGAUGGAUCCAGCUGCUCUGUGCCGUGGUGCUUCACGCUGGCGUGUCAGACAGCAUCAGGUCCCCCAUCUGGAGCGAAGAUGACCGCAAAGGGCGCAGAUGCUCACAAAAAGAAAAUUCCCCCUGCCCCCAGGAAGAAUUUGCUCCCAUUUGAUGCAGCCGGCAUGUCCCCGCAGCAGCGCUCGCGGUACCUGGCGUUCGUGGAGCCCACUGAGGAAAUAGUGAAAUCCAUACUGGCCUCUCCUGCCGUUGCAAUGGAGAAAAUGGCCCCGGAGUACAUCAAGCGUAGCGGCGACGCAGAGCAAAAAAAGCAGGCCAGGGUCAUCGGACUGCUCAAGGCCGCAGAGGCCAGGAACCGCCUCCGAAACUUGAGGCUCCGGUUUCAGGACUUAAGAGCGCAGGAGAUCAAUCACCUGAUAUCCUGCCAGAAAACUGCCCGCGGGGCGCUGAGGCUGGAGGCGUUUCUCCCGCCCCGCAAGAACAUGCAGAAACUCGCCGAUUGCUUGGACACGGUUCAGAGAAGCAGGGUGGAAGAAAUACUAGAAGAUAAAACUGGGGAAAUAUUCAUUCGCAGACCUUGAAACUUGGAAGGACCACGUGAGGAGGUGGCUGAGCAGGGAACGGGCCCUGAAGCGGGGAGGCAGUCAUCUCAGCUGCUGGUAAUUGCUAUCUAAUAAACUAUUUUGGUUUCUUCUCAUGUGCAUCCAAAACAUGCAACGCGUGGCAUGCUUGGGAAUGGGGGGGGUUCAGCGCCGGAGGCCGGUUUCCAGGCUCUUUUCGCACAGGUGUCGAUCCAAACCUAUCCCCCUGAAUUUGAUGUGGCUGUGUGUGGGUGUCGCUGAGGUUAGACCCCGACACUGUGACUUCCCCUGCCCCGAGGCGCUCACAUGAGCGGUCGCAACAGGAGACCCUUUAGUGUGAAGCCAAGCACUGCUUGGCACACUGAUUUGUCGCUUUUUCUGCGCCUGGGUGAGAAACCUCAAAACCACAUGCAGCCAUUUCAUGCAACGGCCGCUGGGCCUCGUCGUCGUACAACGUGUACAACAUCGUACAACUUCGUGCCACACCGCUGCUAGCUCUCCCCACCGGACUUGACCUUGCCCUCUGCCUCCCUGGCCAGUAGACAGGACAAAACUCCUAGGGAUGCUUAGAUCUCUCCCCAAAACACCCUGUAGAAAUCAGUAUUUCAAAUAAAAGAUA